AUGUCUUUGACCGACCUUCCUUCUGAUGUCCUCAUCCUGGCCUUGCAGGACCUUUCGGCGUCAGGAUUGGCGGCUGUAUCGUUGACGUGCAAGUCUCUACAUACACUGGUCGAGGAAUUCGGAUGGAACGGUCACCUUCGCUCCAAUCCUCGCCCAGCACUCAGCGUAGCCAAGGCUCAGGAACAGUGGGCCCCGAGACGCAGAGCACGGUAUAACACACUAUCGGAUCGUGCUUGGUCACGCGCCGAUUUUACAGCCAGACCACUGUCUCGCCCAUGGACGGGGAAAUUCCAACCAGCAAUGGCCAUCAGUCUGUCUCGAUUAGUCGUGGCGGCAGGCAGCACUCUGUACUCCUACAAAUUUGCUGCUACAUCCCCAAGCGAGCUUGAAUCCCCGUCCGUCGUGUUCGAAGGUUCGGUCCGCUUAGCUACAGUCCCCAGCGCCGUUUACGACAUCACCUGCCUGACCUUCAUCGACGACGGUGGACUCGAUCAGACCCUCUGUGCUGGCUACCACGGCGGGGAAGCGGAGCGCGUCAUUCUGAUACCUCCAGAUGAAGCUAAGAACAUGCCGCUAGCGGUUGUUCGCUUCCCCCUCUUCCAUCAACGCCAGUCCGAUACAGAAUUCUUGGAGAGCCUGAAGUACGCAAACAAUCGUCUUCUCUCCCUGUCCUCUACGGGGGUCGCCACUUUAUCUACCGUGCCAGCCAGCCCCAACGAUGAAGUCACUUCCUCGUCGAUUGAUAUCAAGCAGCGCAGCUGGAUAUCGCAUCUGUCCUUGGCAUCUUCUUCUCCAUUCGCUGCAUUCGGGGCGUCGUCUACCACUCCAUUGACCGUCUAUUCAAUUCAGCCUGAUCGUAUUUCCCCGACCCCUUCUGUCAAUUUAUGCAUGACCAGAAGACAUAUCAACGGCCCAACUUUCAGCUCCGCCGUGUACGGUAUCUCUCGAGCGCCCCCUUGCUCUGUUUGGGGUGCCUCAGACAAUGUAAUAGUCUCCGGUUGGUACGACGGCCAAGUGAGAAUAUACGACCUUCGCGCGGACGAGCAUCCCGCGGUCUCCGAAUCGUCCACCACGACACUCGCACCAGUUCUCUCUGUUCUCGACCCAUGGUCAUACGAACCCAUAUACGAUGUUGCAUGUGGUGGAGGCUCUGGGACGCACAUAGCCGCUGGCUCCGCUCGACACAGUGUCGUCUCUUUUUGGGAUGUACGAUCACCGCAAUGUGGGUGGAGCGUUUAUGCUCCAGGCAAUGAUUCGUCCCCCGUUUACUCAGUGAUCCUCGAGGGGUCUCGUUUGUUUGGGGCAACCCAAAGCCGGCCAUUCGUUUACGACUUCGGCCCAGAUGUCAAAAACGACACAUAUCCAUCACUUCCAGACGCUCCCGGCGCGGACGGAUUGAAAGGGAAGAAGGGGGCUGGAUAUCAAGUGGUGAAAUAUAAGCAUAAUCGCGGUCUCCCUAAUGGAUAUUGA